UUUUAAUUUGCUUUCCGCUGCUUGUCGUACCGGGGGGUGGCGGGUGAACGGAGAGGGUUGGGGUGCUCCGUUUCGCUGUUGUCUUUUCGCGUUGUGGGGGAAACCGCCAAUCCCGGGUGUUUCUAUGGUCAGACAGAAACAGAGCCGGGAGCUCCUCGGCUGCCCUGGGAGCCACCCCGAGCACGGGGAUGGCGCUUUUAAAGUUUAAAUGUGCGCUUUGCUAAAUGUGUGCCUGUGCUGUGCCAGGGCGUCCUGCCCCGGCAUUGCGGCAUCGCUCGGUGUCUGCCCGCUCAAAGUCCUCCUGACAUCCCCGGCAACAUCUGCCCCGAGCAUUCUCUGACUUCAUCGGUGCCAUUCACUGUGCCUGUUGGAGGCAUAGAGGCUUCUAUACGAGUAAAUUGACACAAUGUGGAGCAACAAAUCUAAUGAGGUGCCUCUGCAAAAUCUGAGGCAUAACCAAAGCAAGGAUUCUACCAGAGAUCUAACUGCAGCAUGGGCUUCUUUUUCUCAGACUAAGGCUGCUCUACGUCAUAUAGAGAACAAAUUGGAAAUAGCUCCCACCAGCACGGCUGUGUUUGAUUCAAUCAUGGAUGCCAAGAAGCCCUCUACUAGUGCCAGCAGGAAGAGCAGCAGGAAGGGUUCCCGGUCCUCCAGCCAAAAUAAAUCAAGCAAGGAGAAGUCCUCACGCAGCCCUCUUCGAGCAACCACUCUGGAAAGCAAUGUGAAAAAAUGCAGUCGUGUGGAAUUUCGUGAGCCAUUGGCUUCAUACAGGGAUUUAUAUAGUUCUCUGUCUUACCACAGUUCUAGCCAGCUUGAGGCCAAACAACUGCUGUCUAGUUUGGAGCUGAGUGAAGCAGAAGGGAAGAGUGAGCUCCCAGCCUGUCUGGCACGUGAGCAGGACGAGCGGGAUCGGCACAGCAGAAGCUUUGACAGCCCCUUCCCUUCUGCUGCAGAUGAGACCGUCGUGAGAUACUUGAAUGACCGACCAACAAUCAGUGCCUUGCAGAGUAACGAGGCGUUUCCCAGGGUUGCAGCGCUUUCAAGACUGGAAGGAGAAAAAACCAGUGGCUCCAGGGGAGAUGAAAGUAGCACUAGAGCUUCUCAGAGUAUCACGUCCCAGGACAGUGAACUGAAAGUGUCUUCCUCUUCUGCCAUGAGUAUUUGCAGUGCUCAUAGGCUGGAAAUCUUGAAGCAGCGGCAGCACGAUGCUAAGUUGGAAAAGCUGAAGGAAAGGAUCCGAAAGCAGUGGGAGCAUUCUGAGGAGCUCAGUGGCAAAGGGCAGCACUUGGGGUUUGCUGAGCAGCCUGUCGUGGUCACUAACAUGGAGAACACGGUGACUCCCAAGGUCAGGAAGGUGACAGCUAUGCCUGCUGCUCCAUCAUACAGAGGUUUCAAUCCUACUGAAACAAGGAUUCGCACUCCAGAUGGAAAGAUCUGGCAUGCAGAUGAGUUUCGUUUUAGUCGGGAGCUUUACAGAGAUAUUGCACUCCAGUUAAAAGAGGAUUCAACAGUGAAAGGAAAAUCUAGUGAGAGAAACAAAGAGAAGAAAGCUACAAGACCAGUGCGGAAAGUGCAAAAACUGACACGAUUGUCAAGUCCAGAGUCCAAACAAGGUGGAAACUAUGUGAUAAGUGCAUCCUCCUGGCGGGAGGGACAAAAGCUAGUAAAAAAGAUCCUGGGUCCAGCUCCCAGAAUAGAGCAGGACAGAAGAGCUGUAUCCAGUGACAGAGCAGGCCGAGAGAGAGCUGCCAAGUCUGGCUGCAUUGGAAGGACAGGGUCUGAUUCUAGAUUGGAUGUUACCCGUAAAAGCUCUUCAAGAAGUUCCGAAAGGUCAAGAAGUAAAGUACGGUCUGAGACCAAUCUGAGAAAACUGGAAGCUGCUCUUCCAGGUGAUAACCAAGAAGAUCAUGCCUCUGUAAACAAAGAUUUCCUGCCUGUGGAGAUACGUGGAAUUCUUGAUGACCUGCAGUUGGAUUCCAUGAGUACAAAGCAAGAGACAGAUGUGGAAAAGCAGAAUCAAAAAUCUGUUUUGCCUACUCAAAAUAUGAGGAGCCACAGUCCAACCAAAAGGAAACCGGACAAGGUAGCGGCCAGUGAGGAGCCUCAGGUGAUCUCUAAGAAACGCCACUAUGACAGUGAUGAAGUUCGUCAGUACAUCAUCAGGCAGCAGGAGGAGAGGAAGAAGAAGCAGAAUGAAGAGAAGAAAGCACAAAAGGAGGCAACAGAACAGAAGAACAAAAGGCUCCAAGAGCUCUACAGAAAGCAGAAGGAGGCUGUUACUAAAGUGAAGAAUGUGCCUCCCCCUGAGCCUUCAGCAGCCAAACGGUUACAGGAAACCUAUUCCAAACUCUUGCUGGAACGAACACUUCUAGAAGAGCCACCUCAGCUGCCUACAGUGCAGGAAACACAGCCCAGACCUGGUUAUCAACCAUCUGGUGAAUCUGACAAAGAAAACAAGGCUCAAGAGCGUCCUCCGAGUGCAUCUUCCAGCAGUGACAUAUCCCUUUCAGAACCACAGCUGCCGCUGCUGAGGAGCGAUCUGAUGGAGCCUCCAUGGGUACAGCCAGACAGGUUGAGCCCAAGAGUUCAGCUCCCCCACCCACAAGCUCUCUUGGGCUCAGGUGGAGGCCCUUGUUCCCAGCACUGGAGUCUGGAGCAGAUGGACCUUCUGUCAAAGGAGUGUGACGCGAUGUUGGCAGGCAGGAGGAGCCAUUCUGCCCCUGUGGGGUCCCUGAUGCCUCAGUUGUACCUGAAUUCAUCUGCUGCACAGGAAAACCUCAUAGUAAAACCUUCUGCCAGCCAGUAUAAGAGCAAAUUAGAUCGCCUUGAAGCUUUGAAAGCUACAGCUGCUUCCCUUUCUAGCAGGAUUGAAACUGAAGCCAAAAAGUUGGCUGGCGCUGGUAUCAACUAUGGUACCAUGUGGAACUUAGAAUUUAUGCAGGAAAACCAGGAUGAGGGACGGUGGGCAAAGGCUGUGAGUCCUCCUGUGAGGGAGGAAAAUGAAAAUACUUUUUCAGCCAGAAUUCAAAGGAUGUUGGAUGCCUGCGUGUCUCAUACAGCCUUUGAUGACAGCCUUCCUGGGGUAGGCAACCUUAGUGAGUUUAAAAAGCUCCCUGAGACCAUCAGACCUCUUACUGAUGUAAUCAGCCUUGGACUGAGGUCUCCUGCUGCUAACAUGCAUGAAGGGAUCCUGGGACAUUUGUCCAAGAGGCAGAUGGACUCCCCAGGGCGUGAGAACCAGGCAUAUCCUCUGAGCAAAGCCGUUACUCCUCACGAGUCCAGCAUUGACUCCAUCAGUGAAGGGCCUCUCCUGAGUGAUGAAAACCUCUCAGAAGAGGAAGGAGGCCAGCGCAAGCAGCUGCCACUGAAGAUGUUGGAGACAUUAAAAGAGAAGGAUUUUUGCAUUCGGGAGAGAAAUGCUUUUGAGCCCAUAAAGGAGUUUCAGAAAGCAGCUGAGAGGUACUCCCCACUUUUCACUCAGACAAGUGACACACACAGCAAGGGGCCUUGGGAGGAACUGGCAAAGGGAAGUCCCCACAGUGUCAUCAACAUCUUUGCAAAGAAUUACCAACUUCAUGGAAAAGUGUUUGAAGAAAGGCUGAACAGAGGCUCUGCCCUUUUGCGCCCUUUGCUCCCUGCCAUGAGCCCGCCAGAGAGCGUGGCUUCUUAUGAGGAUGACUUUGCCUCAUCACAGGGAAGCAGCACUUUAACAGACAAAAAGAUUUCAUGUGAUCUCAGUGUUGGUGGCAGCAGUAAUUCAAGCAUUCAGGAAGAAAUUCCCAGUAGGAAGUCUCCCCUUGAGCCUCGGUCUGUGGAGCUUGGUUCUCAGCACUCGUCAGGACCCCAGUCUGCAGCAUCUUCCCGCUCAUCUGCUUCCUACAAAAAGAGAGGGAAAAAGGAAAGGUUGGAUGCUUUCAAUGGAAGCUCUCACCACUUCUCUGUGGAAGAAGAUAAAAUACUGUCUGAAUUAGAGAGGGGAUCCCAACAGGCUAAGAAAUCCUUAUUGAGUAGCAGAAUUUCUAAUAAAGAGCAUGAGCAGAACCCAGAUACAGACAGCACACUGGAAAACUUGUCUGGACACUCCCUGAUGAGUUUCUCAGACAAGGGAAGACCACAGAAGACACCAACUUCUUCCCCAUCUUCUGGCUCCCAAAAAAUGUUGCAGUUGGAUUCUGUAGGCAACACAGCAGAAACAGUCAAGUCACCUUCUGGCUUUUCUGGAGGUACAGCCCCAGGGCUGAAGCCAAACGUGGCCUUCCCUGACGUGGGCCUGGGAACCAGCAGGACUGCAGCAGGAGCAGCCUCAGCAAGCGGGUGCAUGCGCUUCUCCCCCGCAGGGCUGCAGCACCGUCUGUCAGCAGAGCUGAACUACCUGAGCGCUAUCGAGGAGUCCGUGCGGCAGCUCUCGGAUCUUGAGCGGGUACGAGGCAUUUCCCUCGCCCAACAGGAGAGUGUUUCUUUGGCUCAGAUUCUCAAGGCACAACAGCAGCGCCAUGAACAGGACUUGGCUCUUUGGAAAAUCAAGGCUGAACAAGAAACUUUAGAAAGUCAGAGACAACUGGAAGAGGCAAAGCAGAAGGCAGCUCAGGUCCAUACAGAAUCACUGCAGCAGCUGGUCCAGUCACGGCAGGAGGCUGGGCAGGAGCCGCCGUGCAUGGCUGCAGCCAAGCAGGCAGAACCUGCACUGCUCUCUAUAGAUGCAACUCACCAGCUCCGUGAGAAGCAUUUUGAGGCUGAUAAGCUCACUGUAUUCCCAUGUUUUUGCUGUACUCAGAUGACAGAGUUAGCACGGGACACUGUCAGUGCCCCAGCUGCUCCAGUCUCCACCUUGUUUGACCACCAGCGGCAGCACCAUUCAGAGUUCAUGAAGCAGCUGAGGGCCCGAGCUGAUACAAACAGGAAAUGUGAGUCUGGUGCCAUAUCACAAGGUAAAGAGGAGACAGGUGACUCAAAACAGACAUACUCACCAAUGUUUGAUAGUUACUCUGAGUCCUCAAGAUCAAAGGUUCAUGAUCAGAGUAGUACCAGCAGCCGCCAGGAGAGCCCUUCAGUUCCAUCUUCUAAGGAGAAUGAGAAAAAGCUUUCCCGUCGUGAGAAGACAGCCAGCAGUAUCGAAGAGCAGGCUCAGACUGCUGCAGAUGAUUCCUUGCCCAGUGACAGUGUUUUGUCCCUGCCAGAUGAAAAAGAUUCUGCUUCUGUUGCAACAGAGUAUUCCCUGAAAUUUGAUGAGUCCAUGACAGAGGAUGAGAUUGAAGAAAAAUCUUUUCGGUCUUUGCUGCCCUCUGAGAGUCAUCGCAGAAAUAAUCUGGAGAAGAAGCGGGGCAGUCGUGAUGAUUCUGAUGAGGAAAUGUCCCCAGACAAAACAGCUCUGUCAUCUAUCAAGGAGCUAAGCAUGCCAUUUUCAGCGGGGCAAGACAGUUUCUCUAAGUUUACCAUGGAGAUGGUAAGACAGUACAUGAAAGAGGAGGAAAUGCGAGCAGCUCAUCAGUCCUCGCUCCUCCGGCUCCGGGAGAAGGCUCUCAAAGAGAAGACCAAGGCUGAGCUGGCAUGGCUGGAACACCAGAAAAAGCAUUUGCGAGACAAGGGAGAGGAUGAUAAGAUGCCUCCUAUUCGAAAGAGGCAGCGUGGUCUGCUGCUGAGAUUACAGCAGGAAAAGGCAGAAAUUAAACGUCUCCAGGAGGCGAACAAGGCUGCUCGGAAGGAGAGGCAGCUCAUCCUUAAACAGCAGGCAGAAAUCGAGCGAAUCCGUCAGACUACGAUGAAACUGCAGGAAAAACUGAAAUCUGCAGGAGAAAACAAGCUGGAGCUUCCCAGUGAGGAUGACAUCAAGCAGAGCAAUGGUUCCAGCCCACUUCCAACUGGGGCAGAAACACGCAGCCCUUCCCCAAUCUCCAUCUCCAGCAGUGAGACCAGCAGCAUUAUGCAGAAACUUAAAAAAAUGCGCAGCAGAAUGGAUGAAAAGUUCCUCACGAAGCGGGAGCAGAAGCUGAUGCAGCGCCGGCAGCACGCGGAGGAACUGCUGGAGUGGAAACGGCGCCUGGAUGCAGAGGAGGCAGAAAUACGGAGGAUGGAAAAGCAGGCUCUGGCUGCCUGGGACAAAGAGCUGCUCAAAACCAUGAUAGCCAAGAAAGAGCUGGGGGAUCAGAGCGCUGAGCCCAAAGAAACAGCUAGUGAGGAAGAGUCUCCAGUGCCUUCUUGCUCUCAUCUGAAUAGUGAAAGCUCUAUCCCAGAAGAUCUUGGCGGUCUGGCUGCUGAGUCUGUCCCAUCAGAGCCCAUGGGCCAUGGACAGCCAGAAAGCCCAGACCAGAGUACAAUUAAUGAAGAAAUGGCUUAUUCUGAAGAUUUCAAAUCCUCUACAUCACCUGGCAAACUGUCUCCUCCCAAAAGCAGCAUAUCUGUAUCAAAGCAAGACUCCAGCAAAGGCAGCCACAGAACUGGAGGACAGCUACAUUCACCUAUGAAGUCCCACCAGACAUCUCACAAUUGGUCUGAUGAAUCUUUAUCUAUGACACAGUCUGAAACCACCUCUGAUCAAAGUGAUAUUGAAGGACGCAUCAGGGCCCUGAAAGAUGAACUACGGAAAAGGAAAUCUGUGGUUUACCAGCUGAAAAAGGAGCAGAAAAAGAGACAAAAGGAGAGACUGAAGGCCCAGGAAGCCAGUUUGAUCAAACAACUGGAGUCGUAUGAUGAGUUUAUCAAGAAGACUGAAGCAGAGCUGAGCCAAGAUCUGGAGGCAUCACCAACAGCCAAACCUCAGAUUAAAACUCCAUCCUCAACUGCUGCUGAAAAACCUAAGAUCAAGGCACCACCCCUCCAUAGGCCUGAGACAGCUAAAAACUGGAAAUCACUGACUGAGUCAGAGAGAUCCAGAGCAUCUUUGGAAUCUGUUUCAGAACAUGUAGAAGCUGUGCCAUCAAGAACCGAGAGAUCUGUGUCUGUGCACACCAAGAAGGUGGCUGUGACAGCUGUCCAUGCAGGAGAACCUUCUGGAACAACUUCCUUGGCUUCAGUGUUACCAAAGAGUUCCAGAGCAGGAUCUGGUGAUUCCUCAGAUAGCUCUUCAGCUCAUCUCAAAGAUAUGAAAGACAUUAGCAGGAUAUCCCUUGAGUCAGUGAACAAAGUGGUAAAUGCAGCUGGUGUUGGUCCUACCAUUAGCCAUAAAUCUGAGAUUACAGAAGAUCUGGAAUACAUAAAGUCAGAGGAAUAUGAGAGUGGAGGUUCUAAUGUUAAGCCUGUGGAGAGUUCUGACGUCUUGCUGACGUUAGAUGAAGGAAGGGAGAGUUCACUGGAUCACUGCUCUGAAAACAAACACUCUCAGAAGGAACUGUUAGAUGUAGCUGUGGAAAGUCUUCAUGAUACAGAAGAAAUCUUAGAACAGAGCCAGUCAAAUAAAGAUGCUGUAAGUGGCCCAAGCAUAGAGGAGACUUCUCACAAACUCAGCAAAUCUGCAGAGGAAAAUGGUGAUCUGCUUUCUCAGCAGCUCUUGAGUCAAAAAGAGCCAUCAUACCCUGAAGACUUUGAAGGAUCCUCUUCCAGAAAACAAGCUUCAUCUGAAGAAACACUGCCUGGGGAACGCUACAGAGAUGACUUUGAGGGGUCCCUGCUCUCUGCUAACAGAGAGUCCCUGAGGGAGCAGUCCCAGCACACCCAGGCCAGCCGAAGCAGAUCCACCAGCCUGGGCAGCGAUGGCGAAAUCAGCGAGUGCCUCAGUGACAGGUCUCUCUCUGGCAGCAUGCACUCAGGGAGGCUGCUGGAACUUAAGUCCCCAACAGAACUUCUGAAAAAUGCUGAACGCAGAGAUGUGGAGCAAGAACAGGCUCCAGCUUGUUCACCACUCUGGGCCUCGGCUUCAAUCACAGAAGAAACAGAUAGUUUGUCCAAUUUCAACAUUGGAGACAGAGUACUUGUGAGUAAAGUCCAGCCUGGAACAUUGCGGUUCAAAGGGCUUACUAAAUUUGCCAAAGGGUUUUGGGCUGGUGUGGAGUUGGAUAAACCUGAAGGGAACAAUAAUGGAACUUAUGAUGAUAUUAAAUAUUUUGACUGCAGAGAAAAGCAUGGUAUUUUUGCUCCUCCUCAGAAAAUCUCUCACAUUACAGAAAGUAUCGAUAGCCACUUAGACAAAAAUAAGGAUGAUGAAGACUCAUUCUUUGAUGAUAGACUGGAGAAACAACACAAAGCUGAGCAGAAAGAUAGAGAAAGUUCCAAACCUGGCAAAGAAGCUGAAAGCCAGAGCAGAAACACAACAGAGAAUUAUUCCCAGGAUAAAGCUCCUGUGGACACAGCUGUUUCAGAAGCCUCAGCUGAGGAAAGGGUUGAAGAAGAGUUGUCAUUUAAAGCAAACAGCAUAAAAGAGAUUUCUGUAGCUACUGGUUCAUUUGCCCAGGAGCAGUCAGUGGUGGAUUACCUGAAGGAUGCUGUAAAAGAGGAGGCCAGCCACACUCCUCUCACUUCUAGUGUUGUGGAUGAGGUUUCCACUGUUCAGUUGGAUGACGUGUCAGAUUUCCUUUCUGAAAAACUGGAGAGGCAGAAGACACUGGGAGAGGAAUGUGCUGAAAAGUUAGAUGAUCUCUCUCCUGGCGUCACGGAGAAGCCUGCAACCCCACUGCUGGAUUUGCUGACAAAAGAAAAGAACCUGUUAGAAGCACAGCUCAGCCUGCCUCUUAGAGAGGAAGAAAAGUCAAAAGAACAACUGGAAAAGGUCAGUUUGCUGACAGACAGUCUACUAAGAGAUUUUGUGAAAGACACAGUCAAUCAGUUACAGCAAAUAAAGAAGAUCAAAAAUGAGAAAAUCCAGCUCAGCAACCAGGAGCUCUGUGAUGUGAAGGAGGAAGCCAUUACUCCACCCCAGCAGGUGGAAAAGCAGAUUCCAGAUGGACUGAAUAACUUCUUCCUAAGGUCUGAUUUGGAAGAUGACAGAGAAGAGCUUUCCUCUCCAGACAUGUGUCCCAGACCGGAGAGUCCCGUGUUUGGUGCCAGUGGCCAGGAGGAGCUUGCCAAGAGACUGGCAGAGCUGGAGCUCAACCGGGAGUUCCUGAGUGUGCUGGGAGAUGACCAAGACUGGUUUGAUGAGGACUAUGGCCUGAGCUCCCGUAAGCUGCAGCAGAAGCAAGCUGAGGAACCAGCAGUGCUGCCCCAGGCAGAGCCGCAGAAAGUGCCGACCAAGCCGAGCGAGGAGCCCCUGGCAGUCCCUCACACUGCAGUGGAGGUGGAAGGGAUGGUGCAUGCAGCAGCUGAGGAACUCUGGAAACUGAAAGAACUGGGUCAUGAUCUUCAAAGCUGCAGCCUUAAAACAGAUCUUUGUGGUACCCUCCAAGAGCAGGACACAGACACCAUAAACAAGCAGGUUUAUAGAAAGGUGGUAUUUGAUUUAACAAGAGAGAUCUUUGGGGAAAUCUUUGCUGAGGAUCCUAAUCUGAAUCAGCCCAUUUGGAUGAAACCGUGUAGGAUCGCAUCUGCUUAUUUUCGCCGAGUCAAAGAUCCAAAUGAUCUGGAUGAAAUCAAGAACUUCAUUGCAGCUGAAGUACUGAAGUUGUUCAGCCUGAGGAAAGAGCCUAACCACAAAACAGACUGGCAGAAGAUGAUGAAAUUUGGGCGGAAGAAACGAGACCGGGUGGAUCACAUACUAGUGCAGGAACUCCACGAGGAAGAAGCGCAGUGGGUGAACUACGACGAGGAUGAACUGUGUGUCAAGAUGCAGUUGGCAGAUGGGAUCUUCGAGGCCUUAAUCAGAGACACUGUUAAUGUACUGAACCAGAUAAAUGAGAAACAGCGGAGGCUGCUGCUUGUCUAACAGUGCUGAAGUGAGCUCAGAGCUGCCAACCACGGCGUCACAGCCCUCUCUGACUUCUGAUCUGCUCUCCUCCCUGCACAUGCUGCAGCUGGACUUCCACGCAUGGGGUUCCCAGGCAGUUCAGAUGGGAUGAAAAGAACCUGAACUGGCUGCCAAGGCCUCGCACCAGAUUUAUUGUUUGAAACAAGCUGAUCCCUCACUUGAGCCUGCUUUGAGGAGUGCUCAAGACUGUUCAUGUGCCAUAACUGUCAGUUAUGUCCCAUAACUGUCAGCAGCUGCCUGGGGCCCCGGCCUGAGGCUUUGACAUGUUCAGCUUGUUCCCUGAAAGAGUUGGGUUAAGUUGGGAUAUUGGCUGUUUUGCUGAAAUGGUGGUCAGCCAUCAGUACUCAACUUGUCUUUAGAAAUGUGUGUAAUUUGGAGAAGCAACAGUUUGGUCAGGUUUUUGUCCUAAACAGAGACUUACCAUACUGAACAGUGUUAUAAUCUUAACACAUCUUCUCCUGAAGCCCUAACAAUGUGCAUCAGUUCCUUCUGCUUCAGAGCCUAUUUAAUUCACUUCUCCAUGAAGCUGGUUUUCAUCUUUCUUCUGUGAUGUGGUACCGAGCAUGGUGCCAGCCCAGUCCAGGGAAAUUAGAUGAUGUUUCUUCCUGCCUACAAGUAAAGAAUUCUUGCUGCUUUGCUCUGAGAUGGAGCAAGAUAAAGCCUGCCUAAUGUCAAGUGUGAAAGAUGAGCCCAUGGACAACUUUCCUCCUACCAUGUAGCACUUCUCUUCCUGGAGCACCAGCUGCUCCCAGAUAAUGGAUACUCAGGAUUUUCUCAGGCACGAGACAUGCAGGAGUGGAAAACAUUUCCUCACAAAAAUUUGGCCUUCAAUCCCUCAGCUUUCUCCUUACUGUCACCUAAUGAAUUGGAGAAGGUGUUACUUGAACAAUUUAGAGAACAGAGUGUAUUCACCAAAGAAAGCAGUGUCUGGUGCUUGACUGUCUGCAUGUUUUGUGCUUGUGGGUUUUUUAUUUAUUUUCAGAUAAUUUAUUAUGUGGAUUACAGGAGAGUGUCCAGUGCAGUUGGCUGCACUGUCUUGUGUUUUGAGACAGACAAACUUGAGAGAGCAUCUGGUUUGGAAACUUGCAGAGCCCUAUAUUCUUCACACAAAACCUCCAGCUUCACAAGGCAGAUACGAGGGGGUGAAGGUAGGAACAGCCAAACCUCAGUGACCAAGGGUGGGACGCAAAGACAGGUCUAGGAGUGGAGCUUGAAAACCGAAGCAGCUGGUUCAGAGACAAUGGACAGUUGAGGGGGCUGAGCUGAAAAAUUGUGUGAAAAUUCCCAGCUCUUUCUAUUCCCUUCCUUUCCCACAACUUCUGCACCAUAUUAUGUGGUUGAUUUUGGUUGAUUUGGCUGGAUUCAUCUGCGGUGUCAUUCUGCUGAGUGCUGGUUCCUGACCUGUUCUUCCUGUUCUUGUGGUUUUUGUGGAGGAACACAGACAAUCUGGGGUCAAACGCUGAUGCCUUAACAGUGGAUGUCCCUGUUUGCUAACCUGGGACAAGACCCAGAGGAAAGUCAGAUUCUCCAGGCACUGGAGUGUAGACAGACACUUUGAAGCCCUCAGAGGUGCCUCAAAGAUGUUGCAGGCCACAACAGGCGUGCUUGGUUCUUGGGCUUCCUGCUGUGCAUACCUUUUCUACUGCUCCAGUUUGGUUUCUUUUUUUUUUUUUUUUUUUUUUUUUUUUUUUUUUUUUUUAGUUGUUUAUUGUUUGGGAUUUUUUGAAAGCUAUCAUUGGAAUAUUUGCAUUUUGCACAAUGACACACAGCUGGUAAUUCUUCAGGGACAGCACUGGGAAAUGUUGGAUUUGCCAGAGGUCCAUACAGAUUCUCAGAUAUAGUGUUGCCAGCACCUCACUUGUGAGUUAGUGGUGAGCCAUAUCCAUGGGAGCUCUGUGAGUGGAAGAACAAGGAGGAGAUACUGGUGAAUAGGGACACCUCCAGUGGGAAUAUGUAUGUCUGUCCCUCAGUAGUGGGCCUUUUGGCUGGCUGGAAGUCAAAUGGUCUUGGAGCAUUGCUCAGCUUUUUUCUCAAGUGAUUCAUUUGUUCAUGUCAAAUGUCAUGAUGCUGAACCAGGAAACCUUUGGAUACUUAAGACAGAAGCAAACUAAAGCUGCUAGAUUUAACCAGCAUGGUGUCACUGACUGGGUCACCACCUCAGAUUCCCUUUCCUGGGUGUAUCUCUUUCAAUAGCAAGGAUUGCUAUUUUUAUAGGUAGCAAUUAUGGAAAGAGGACAGAAACCUGCAGAGUCGGUUAGUACCUGGAGCAUCAGGUCAGGUUCUGUUCUGUAGAUUCUGUGGCCAAUGUUGAGAAGGUUGUCCUGCAUCCCCAGGGCUUUUUGCUGUUCUGAGGGCCUCAGGGGGUGUUUCUGGUCUGUCCAGCAGGAGUGGAGAGGUUGUGCAGUUGGGCCCAACAGGUUAUGGGGGCCUGUUGGAGCUUGUGUGCCUGUUGUCUUUUGGCUGUAGUACCCUUCACAGAAGCACUAACUGUUUUUAUCAGGUGUUUGGACAGAAGGAAGCUGUGUCUAAGUAAUGGCUUUGUUCCUUUGCAGGCAUCACUGAUUUAUUUUUGGUAGCAAUCCUUGCUAGGAGUAACCCUAAAAUGACUUGAACGUACAUGAAUUACCUUCUCAAUACCUCACGUGUGUUGAGUUGCUUUGAGUUGAGUGUAUGUUCAAAACCUCAAGUGGGUUGAGUACUUGUGGACUGAUGAUUACUGCGAUGAAGCAAGGGUCAGGCUGGGUCAGGCUGGUAGUGAGGAGAUAUGGGGGAGCCUGGGGUCCCACAAACAGGCUGAAUUCUCUGCUUCUCUCCCCAACCUUCCCUUUGUAAGAACAAGAUGAUAUUUCUGCAUCCUGGUUAUCUUGGUGCAACUACAUAAGAAGAUUCAAGGCUGGGACAUUUUGCUGAGACCUGUGAGCUGUUUGGGGCAGCAGCUGUCAUCACUGGGGACAUGCUGCUCCAUCUUCGGAAGGAUCUCUGAGCCAGGCUGGAAAGCCCAGGCUUGUGGGAGCACGGAGUGUGAGUACCUCUGUAACAGCAGGAUGCUCUGUGAGCCAAGCCCUGAAAUAUCAGUACUUCUGCCUUUCAGAGAAGGCUUGUUCCUCACAAGGUGGAAUGAGGGAUUGAAAAAUCCCAUCUUGUUCCUUUUCCUUUCUUGAAAAAGUGGCCUUAGCUUUUUGCAAUACUUGAAUAAGUGUGUACCUGCAGAAGACCUUCAGUAGCACAGUGACAGAGACCUUUUAAGUGACUAUUCUGCAAGGAACUGUGUGCAGUUCCAACUUUCAUAUCUCUUUGCUACCUUAAGAGUAUUAGGAAAACAAAGUACUUUUCAGCAGACAAACAUUUGAGUCUUGCAAGGUAUUUAGUGCAUCUGAAGUGUUUACAAACCAACUAAAAUGGAGAAAAGCAAACUAUUGAACUUACUUGUAAUUUAAGUGUUAAAUGCAAAAUUAUAUACAGAUGAAAAAGGAAUACUGUAAUUAACCUGCAUUUACUGGGGGGGGGGGGGUUCCUUGAUUUUGCAGAGCCUUUUGAUACACAUUUGCAAAGCCGCCUUUUGGGAGGCUCGGUCUCCCGUGUACUGUGUUGUGGAGAUGCUGAAAAGAAACCCAUUUACUGUGUAUGUGUAAAUAACCUGGUAACUUGGGGUUUGGGCCAGUUUCAGCUCAUGUUCACAUCCACAGCAGCUUUGCACAGUAGACCGACCCAAGGAUGUGGAGGGGUUGGGGAGGUUUUUUUGUAAUUAAGAACUGUAAAAUAACCAGGAUGGUCCCUGUGUACACCAGUGUAAAUAUCUUUGGUAACUGAAAUGUACUUUAAGAGAACAAAAUCUGUAAAUAAACUGAUUUAUAAAUUAA